UAUUACAGAAAUCAUGAACCAAGGGAGCAUGAACCACGACGACAAGCUGACCUCACAUUACUGAAAGAGGAGUUCUCCGUACCGAACAGAUCUUACAUUGAACACCUCACGACAUACAUUCCACCAAGAUUACCCAUUGACAAACCGGAGCUUCGAGAAAUUAGUCAGGAUACUGUGUCAUUGUCAUGGAAACCUGCGAAGGUUCCGGAGAAAAUACGCAGCUCUUCAAACUUAACAUAUGUCAUUGAAUGCCGCACUCCACCGAACUAUGAAUGGAGGGAGUUGAAGUCAGGGGCUCACGUCGACAUCCUUCACCCUGAACAACCUUCACCCUCGCAUGGACUACAUGUUCCGUGUCCGAGCUCACAAUCAGUAUGGUUUCAGUGAGGCUAGUCUUCCAAUCUCACUUUUCAGGCCAAUUGAACUGGAUGAUGAUGAUGUGGAAUAUGAUGACUUUGAUGAAGAAUACAGAAAUACAUACAAUGACACAGUCCCACGUUCUAGAUUGCAGAGACGAACAGACGAAGCUCCGAUGAAAAUCGAAGAAGCUCCACCGAAGUUGCCAAUGGAAACCCCAAGGCUAACUGAUCAUGGUGAAUCUGCCCACCUUAGUUGGUAUCCGGCCAGAAUUCCAGCAUACGCAAAGAAAACUCCGAUCACAUAUAUAGUGGAAGUGAAGGAACCACCAGUACAGGGAUGGGCAAGAACUGCGAGUGGUAUCGUGGAUACAAGCUUUAUGGUGGAAGGGAUCCUACCGAAUCGGGACUAUCAGUUCCGCAUUAGGGCAGAGACUCAGUUUGGUACCAGUGAUCCUACACUGUCUGCCGUGCUUGACAGGACCAAAGCUCAAAUCCAGGAUUCUAUAGAGGAUGAGGAUGAUUUGGAAGAUUACAAACCACGGAAAAAUCCUUUAGUUAAAAGUCAACGUUCUUCCGAUCCGUCAUCUCCUUUGUCUCCUGUUAAUGAUUUCAGACCAAGGAAAAGAUUGUCCAACUAUGCCUCGCGUCUUGAUGCUUCGCAUGUAGACAAUUUGUCUGAUGAGGAGGACGUGUUUGCUCCAAAAGCAAGGCAGUCAUCGAAGUAUUCAUCGUCAUCACGAUCCUAUAAUGAACGACAGUCUUUGAGGUCGACUACAUCUAUUGAUGAAGAUUUGUACAGCCGGCCUCAGAAAAGACCAUCAAAACCUGCUGCACAAAAUGACAAUUUGUUAUCUGAUGAAGAAGAGGAAUUGCCAUCAAAAUCUAGAUUUUCUAAAUAUUCUUCUCGCAAUAAAAAAUCAACACAACUGAAAGAUUAUUCUUUAGAUGAAGAAGAUUAUUCAACGAGUUCCAAGUAUUCUAAAUAUUCCUCGCGUAGUAAGAAAUCUUCCUUCACAGCUAAUUAUUCAUCUGAGGAAGAGGAUUACUUACCAAGGUCAAGGUCAUCCAAAUACACACAACCAAAGAGAUAUUCCUUCGAGGAUGACCUUUCCGAUGAAGAAGAUUAUCAACCAAAACCAAGAUCGAAACACAUGCUGAAGAAGAAAUACACAUUGGAUGAGGACUUCUCUGAAGAGGAAUAUGAACCUUUCAGGCCAAGAUAUUCAUCCCGCAGCAAAAGGGACAAUUCUGAUUUCUAUGACGAUGAGCCUUAUAGCAGUAGGUAUAAGUCUCGUAACUACCGCUCAUCUUUGAAUGACGAUUCAUACGAAUCUGUUAUAAGAUCUAAAUUUCGAUCACGACGACAUACAACAGAUCUAUCACCAUUGUCAAUGGAGGCAGCAGAGCUACGUUCACGCCGUCACCAUGACGAUAUGCCAUUAUCCGCCGAAACAAUGUCACAUGGUUUGUGGACAAGAACAAGUCCUCCAAGGACUUUAGAUCUUCCAUUCACUAGGGAAUUCUUGGAAAUCCUGAAGGGAUCCUACGACAAAAAGGAUAAAAAACCAUCAACAUAUUCCCCGGAUGCACCCUCAUCCUACAAACCAGCCGAAAAAUCGUCUCAAAGGCUGCAGGAAUCAUCAUCCACUCUCCCCAAGGAAAAAUCUCGACUCUCAAGUCGUGACAAGCGUCGGAACGAUCCAGAUGAUCUUCCCCAGGCAGUGUAUCUGGACUCGGUAUUAACAGGAGUACCACCCAGAAUGCCAUCUUCUCGUCCAAUGAUCACAAACCAGGCCGGUAACCUUUUGACCUUGGCCUGGCUGCCAGGACGUGUGCCGUCCUACGUGAAGGGUUCUAACAUGACCUAUUUGGUAGAGAUGAGAAAGCCGCCGAGCCACCUGUGGCUAAAAUUGAUUGAUAAUGUAGAGGAGAACGAAUUUGAUGUGUACGAUCUUCAGGAAGAUCAAGACUACAUGUUCAGAGUGAAGGCCAAGAACGAAUUUGGAUGUAGUGAACCGACAAUGCCUCUGUCCAUCACUAGAAACAAAGAUGACUACAUUGGCACAGCCGUGUUGAGUAGAUCUGGGUCACGAGGAAGUUUGGACAGUCCCUGGUCGAGGUCUAGAGCUUCAUCAGUGGACAGUCUGUUGGAAUCUAUGCCUUCCAAAGCUUGCAAACCAGAAUUUAAACUACGAGAGGACACCUUCUAUGGAGCAGAGUCUAGGCCAGUGACGAUAUCCAUGCAGGUAAAAGGGUUCCCUCUACCUAAAGUGAGGUGGUACUUCCAAGGGAGGAAACUCAAGCUUGGAAAUCGGUACAAGUCAUUUAUCGCCCCUAACGGCACCGCCACAUUGGAAUUCUCGCGAAUGAGUGAGAAAGACGUCGGAGAGUAUAAAUGUCGUGCGGAGAAUGACCAAGGCAUGAGUGUCCGGAUAUUCAAUCUGGAAAUGUCAGAUGCUCCGACGUUCCUGGAACCACUCAGAAACAUAGUGGUGGACCACAGGGGAUGUGCUAAGUUGGAAUGUCGCGUUGACGGAACACCGUUACCAACUGUCAAAUUCAUGAGGGACUGGCGUCCAGUGACAGAAUCUUCGCGUGUGAAGAUUGUCCACGAAGCCCCCGACUACUGGUGUCUUACGAUUGAAAAUACCAUGAGCAGUGAUUGUGGUCAAUAUCAGUGUGUUGCUGAAAAUGUUUCUGGGAAAGCGGUCAGCUCGGCCAAAAUCACAGUGGAAGAAAAGUCUGCUGAAGAGAGAGUGCCCCAUUCCCCAGGUCUACAUUACCGUGAGGCUCCUGUGGAGGAUUUCUAUUACAUACUUGAGGAACUUGGCAGGGGACGUCACGGAAUUGUACGGAGGGUACUCGAUAAGUCAUCAGGGAAACAGUACGCAGCCAAGUUUAUCCCUGUAGCUGAUCCAGAGAUGAAGCAUUUCUUCCGACAGGAGCUUUACAACCUCCGAGCUGCCUCUCACAAAAAUGUAGUGGGCGUCGUUGAUGCCUUCCAAUCAAACAGGAGCUUAGUUAUCAUCACAGAACUUGCUAGCGGAGGAGAACUCCUUGACCGUGUCCUGUCUUUAGACAACUGGACGGAGAGUGAUGCGGCUUUCUUCAUCCGACAACUACUGGAAGUCCUUGAUCACCUUCACCAACACCAGGUCUACCACCUCGACAUCAAGCCUGCCAACAUCAUGUUGAGUGCUGCUGACUCUGAUGAGAUCAAACUGAUUGACUUCGGCUUGUCUCGCCGCGUUCUAGCUGAUCAGUCGGUUCGCUGUAAUUACGGUACCCCAGAGUUCACCUCACCAGAACAAGUCUGUAAUGAAGUUCUAUCGGCUGCCACUGAUAUCUGGAGUGUCGGGGCCCUUGCCUAUCUUCUUGUGUCCGGAAUAUCCGCCUUCCAGGACCGAACGGACAAGGACAUCCUGUCAUGGGUGGAGACCUGUGACUGGGAGUUUGAUGACGAAGGAUUUGAACUGGUUUCCAAGGAGGCCAAAGACUUUAUCAAUAAACUUCUGGUUCUUGAGCCAAGUGAGCGGCUUACACUGGAGGAGUGUAUGCAGCAUGCUUGGAUAAAAAAUGCAACCAACCGUGGUCAAGGACCGAAACUGAACAUAGAACACCUCACUACAUUCCACAAACAGAACAAGAAGGAGAGGCUACUGGGUGCCCUACAGACAUGUGCUCGUGUCCAGAGCCUAAAGGCCAUUAUAAAUGAUGAUCUCGAGGAAGAGGAUACAGGCCUAUACCCUCUCAAAGACAAGACCUCUGGUGAAAUGAUCUACCCAGACUCACAACACUACGGCAAAUUCCUUGACCAAGAAUCAUGGGCAGAUUGGCAAGUACGCUACCACCAGGGCGGCGAUACCUUACUCGUACCUCUGGCAGAGCCUAAUUACACAGCGCGUGUGCGUGAGUACAAAGAGGCUGCCAGUGAGAGUGAUUACUCAGAGGAAGGGAUCGUCGAAUGGAACGAUGAAGGAGCGUACAACCCUUGUCUCCAAAAAGAACUGGAGUGGGCUCUUGUGGCGGAGGAAUUCAAACAGCAACAACAAACACCAGAGGAACUAUUUGACAAGGAACAGGUUGACCCUGCGAAGUUGCCAUUGUUUGCCACUAAGCUUCGAGACCAUGCUUUCAUGCCGGGCGAGACUGUGACCUUGACCUGUCGGGUCCAGAGUGAGGGCACGCCCUCUGUUAACUGGUUCCGUAAUGAGGAGCAGGUCUCCGAGGGUAACCGCCUCAGAACCUCCCUCUCGGAGGAUGGCACAGCUACUUUGACAAUUGAAUUGUCCAAGCCAUUUGAUGAAGGUGUGUACAAGUGCGUGGCAAGGAACCAGGCAGGGAAGUCUACGAGCUGGGCAAGAGUACUAGUCGGAGGUGUGACGGAGGAGCCUGGACGUCCGGUGGUGAUCCAGGUUUCAGGGUCCGAGGCCUUGCUGGUGUGGGAGCCCCCCCUGGCUGAUUGUAACACUCCUGUUACUGGCUACAGAGUGGACUACAGGAAGUUUGGAGAUGAAUCAUGGACGGUUGCUGCCAAUGUGAUUGACGAGUGUUGCCUAGUAACUGGUUUACUUCAGGGGCGGAGCUACAGGUUCCGUGUAUCCUGUGUGAACAAGUUUGGCAUCAGUCCUUACAGUGUAGCAUCAACAGAGGUGAAGACCAGAACUGACCCAGAUGCCAAGGUCACAGUUGAUAAGUAUAUGGCAGCCCUUCUUGCCAGACAGAGGGAAGUGGAGACACGCCCCUCACCAGCCUCUAGCAGAAAGGGGUCAGAGGUCAACUCCUUGGGUCUUACACUGAUGGAGGGAUCACCUGAGGAGUCCUACAGCUUCCUUAACACUCUGUACAGUGGCGGCUUCUCUGACUUAGUUUGCUGUAGAAAAUCUAACAGUAACACACUCUAUCUUGGAAAGAUUGUCCCUGUUCAACCUGACAAUAUGGACGCAACAAAGCAUGAAUAUGAAAUUUUAAAGACUCUCUGCCAUGAAAGAAUCGUCUCCAUGUACGAAUGUUAUCUGUACAAAGACAGUCUGUAUAUGGUGCUGGAGUUUCUGUAUGGACUCAAUGUCAUUCAACAUCUGUCCUUCAAAACAAAAUACACGGAGGAUAUGGUUGCCAGGGUGUUACGCCAGGUCCUGGACGGUGUCGAGUACCUACAACAUGAGGGUGUUGUCCAUCUCAAUCUUCAGCCCAGCAGUGUCGUCAUGGUGAGUCGCAGACACUUGGACAUCAAACUUGUUGACUUCAGUCUGGCCCGAAAGGUCGCCCAGGAAGGUGAUGUGAUGACCAUAGAAGGCUUCCCAGAGUUCAUUGCACCAGAAGUUCUCGCCAAGGAACCAACUUCAUUCCCAGCGGAUAUCUGGACUAUUGGGACCUUGGCCUUCCUCCUCAGAAAAUUAGAUUCUGAACUUACAACUUUGGUCCAACCGUUCAAUAAACAGAGCUGUGUGACGGAGGAGCCUGGACGUCCGGUGGUGAUCCAGGUUUCAGGGUCAGAAGCCCUGCUGGUUUGGGAGCCCCCCAUGGCUGAUUGUAACACUCCUGUUACUGGCUACAGAGUGGACUACAGGAAGUUUGGAGAUGAAUCAUGGACGGUUGCUGCCAAUGUGAUUGACGAGUGUUGCCUAGUAACUGGUCUACUCCAGGGGCGGAGCUACAGGUUCCGUGUAUCCUGUGUGAACAAGUUUGGCAUCAGUCCUUACAGUGUAGCAUCAACAGAGGUGAAGACAAGAACUGACCCAGAUGCCAAGGUCACAGUUGAUAAGUAUAUGGCAGCCCUUCUUGCCAGACAGAGGGAAGUGGAGACACGCCCCUCGCCAGCCUCAAGCAGAAAGGGGUCAGAGGUCAACUCCUUGGGUCUUACACUGAUGGAGGGAUCACCUGAGGAGUCCUACAGCUUCCUUAACACUCUGUACAGUGGCGGCUUCUCCGACUUAGUUUGCUGUAGAAAAUCAAACAGUAACACACUCUAUCUUGGAAAGAUUGUCCCUGUUCAACCUGACAAUAUGGAUGCAACAAAGCAUGAAUAUGAAAUUUUAAAGACUCUCUGCCAUGAAAGAAUCGUCUCCAUGUACGAAUGUUAUCUGUACAAAGACAGUCUGUAUAUGGUGCUGGAGUUUCUGUAUGGACUCAAUGUCAUUCAACAUCUGUCCUUCAAAACAAAAUACACGGAGGAUAUGGUUGCCAGGGUGUUACGCCAGGUCCUGGACGGUGUCGAGUACUUACAACAUGAGGGUGUUGUCCAUCUGAAUCUUCAGCCCAGCAGUGUCGUCAUGGUGAGUCGCAGACACUUGGACAUCAAACUUGUUGACUUCAGUCUGGCCCGAAAGGUCGCCCAGGAAGGCGAUGUGAUGACCAUAGAAGGCUUCCCAGAGUUCAUUGCACCAGAAGUUCUCGCCAAGGAACCAACUUCAUUCCCAGCGGAUAUCUGGACUAUUGGGACUUUGGCCUUCCUCCUACUGAGCGGUGAGUCUCCAUUUGCAGCGCCGACAGAAAAGGAGGUGUACUCUAACAUUGUGUACAAUCGUUAUGAUGCCCAUGGAUUGUACGAGAAUGCUACGAGGGAGGCCCUCAAGUUUGUGUUCCAAAUUCUCAAGAGGACACCAAGAAAUCGUCUGACAGCUACCAGAUGUUUGGAGGAUAAAUGGCUUCAGGUUACUGACGUCAUGACGAAGUGUCGUAAGAACAUUGUCUUCUCGACUUCCAAAUUACGCACCUUCUCCAGACGAUACCUUGUAAACAGAGCUCUGGAUAUGUAUCCCAUGAUUCAUGAGGAAACUCCAUCUCCCAUAUCAGAGGAGCCUGAAUUUGAUGAAGAGGAGGAAGAGGAACCAACAGGCAAUGUUGUGUUAGACGAAACUGAAGAAACUUCAUUGAAAGAAGACGGUUCUGAAGAGCAACCAAUCAACAACGAGGUUGCAACUGUCAAUUUGGAUGAACCAAUAGAAAAUGAUGUUAUUCCUGAAAGUGAGGAAUCGGUGGAAAAUGAAGUUACUUUAGCAGUACCAGAAGAUUCUGUGGACUCUGAAGGAAAAACAAUGGAAGGAAUUGAACAGUUAGCGACUGACAUUGUUUCUUCAGCCAUGGAUGAAGCACUUCAGAAACCUAAACAAAGUUCUGGAGAUGUUAAUAGUGAGGCUUGAACAUAGAUUGUAAAAGUUUGACUUUAACUGACAGCUUUUGACCGAUCAUAGGAGUCAAACAACGCUCUUUGUUCUUUUGUGUGGAUUAAAAUUUUCUUAUAGUCUCUCUCAGUGUAACAGUUUAAGAUAAAAAUUUCAGUUUCUGAACAUCUUUGAUUUGUUGUUUGCUGUUGUAUAAGGCAAUAGUGGGAGAAUUCUGCUACUCAAUUAUCACACUGAUGGUGCUGAAAAAGGAAACUUGGUGUUCCGUUUUCGUGAUUUUUGCUCCGUUUUCUUUCGAACGGAAAUAGAUAUAUAUUUUAUUUGCUUUUUUGAUGAGCUCUAAGUUAAUAUGUUGAUUUUUGCUGUAUUCAGUUGACUUUGGAUUUGCUGUAUAAUAUUGAAAUGAGAUCAUAUUAAAUGUUGUUGUUGUCCUCAAAACCUCUGUACUCAGAAACAUUAAUUGAGCGCAUAUAUAUAUUUGCUUCAAAGUGAUAGCAUUUCCGUAACUUAUUACCUUUUUGUGAUAUAAUUCUGAUAAUAUUUGAAAAUUAAAAUUUGAUGUUUAGUGAUGAUUUUAUUAAAAUGCUAAUUAAUCUAUUUAUUAUAGUAAGAGUAUUUUAUAAUAGACAUUAUAUUGUUGCAUAUUAGCAUAAACAAAUUUGAAACACUUAUUUAAUUUAAGGCUAUGCUGUUAGUUAAAAUUCAAUAUAUAUAUAUAUUAUAUAAUUUAUCGAUGGCAUUUAUGUAAUUACAAACUAAUUAAGUAUUUUAUUCUACUUUGAUACUGUAAACAUUGAAAUAUUAAUUUUUGGAUAAUUUCUUAUUUAUUCUGUUGACACACAACAGCUAAUUUGAUAAAUCUGAAUAACCAACCAGAAUGCCACUUAAUCAUCAGCAUAAUACUGUGCAGAUGUUAUUAAAGGAAAAUUUAUAUCAUGGCAUGCUAUAUAAUGUAGUUGUCCCACUAUAAAUAUUUCUCUGUUUACAGAACACUAGCUGUGUAAUUACUCUCAGAGGACUUCAUAGUGAGGUUAUCCGUAAAUUGUGAUAAAAGCUUGUUAGCAAUAAUUUACCUGUAACUGCAACUUAGAUUCAUAUUAACAUUUAAUACUUAAACCACUUGCGUAAUGAACUUACACAUUAAAAAAAAAAAAAAUUUGAUGACAUUAUUAAUGAAUGUAUUUCAACAAUAAGGUGUGUUGAUAUUAACGAGGUAUAUUAAUAUUGACAAUGUUUUGUAGUUAAAUUUAAAACUUUGAAUCUUUUGAAAAAAAAUCUUUGUGCUCUAUUGAGAUUUUGAUAAAAAUAUACUUAAUAUAAAAAAUAUGUUUGUUUAAACUUUGAAUUUCAAAUUAUUGUUCUGUUAUAAUGAUAAAACGAAUCAAAUACAUUAUAUUAUGCAACAAUAUGUAAAUUAUAAUUUUGAUUUGGCUAUCAUUGAUUAAAAAAAUCUAAACAAGAAACUCAAAUUAAAAUAUCUUCUAUACAAAACCUAUUAACGUGCAGAUAUUUCAUAAAUUAAAAUAUUUUCACAGAGAUUGAUAGUUUCACAUGUUUUGUCUCAUAUUGUCUUGAUAAUUAUAUCUUAAUAUCGAUAUCAAUAUUAAAGGUAUUGUGCAAUAAAACCGUCCAACCCUACAAGGUAUGUAGACUGUUCAUCACCAUAUGAUUGAACAUUAUCAUGUGAUUUUUCUCCAGCAGGCUCUGUGUUAAAAUACCCAUUUUUGAUGCAUUUCCAUUAAAUAUCAGCUUUAGUGACAAUGGUAAUUAAGGUGGACAAACAAAGUCGAUAAGAUACAGAUAUUGUAUACAAUAUUGAAGCGUAAGUACAGUCUGUAAUACAAUGUUGUACUAAUGCAUGUCAUUGUUUUGGGUAUAUUUUACAAUGUAAACAACAUGCAGGUAAUGCUAUACCAGGACACCUAUACAUUGUAUGCUAGCUGUAUGUAUUGUGCUGGUAUAAGCUCACCUUGAAGUGAACUUGUCGCUGGAGUUACAUGAAAUUUAUCUUGUCUUUGGAGAUAAAAUGGGUAACAGUGUUUUGAAUUUACCUGGAAUUGACCUUGUCUACAGAGUUCAUUGAGGCCUUAUUUUGCCUAGUUUUACCUGGAACUGACCUCGUCAAUUAGGCUCGUUUACCUGGAAUUUACCUUGUCUGUAGACUUCAUGAGGGCCUUAUGUUGUCUAGAUUUACCUGGAAUUUACCUUGUCUGUAGAGUUCAUGAGGGCCUUAUGUUGUCUAGAUUUACCUGGAAUUUACCUUGUCUGUACAGUUCAUGAGGGCCUUAUGUUGUCUAGAUUUACCUGGAAUUUACCUUGUCUGUACAGUUCAUGAGGGCCUUAUGUUGUCUAGAUUUACCUGGAAUUUACCUUGUCUGUAGAGUUCAUGAGGGCCUUAUGUUGUCUAGAUUUACCUGGAAUUUACCUUGUCUGUACAGUUCAUGAGGGCCUUAUGUUGUCUAAAUUUACCUGGAAUUUACCUUGUCUGUAGAGUUCAUGAGGGCCUUAUGUUGUCUAAAUUUACCUGGAAUUUACCUUGUCUGUACAGUUCAUGAGGGCCUUAUGUUGUCUAAAUUUACCUGGAAUUUACCUUGUCUGUACAGUUCAUGAGGGCCUUAUGUUGUCUAAAUUUACCUGGAAUUUACCUUGUCUGUAGAGUUCAUGAGGGCCUUAUGUUGUCUAGAUUUACCUGGAAUUUACCUUGUCUGUACAGUUCAUGAGGGCCUUAUGUUGUCUAGAUUUACCUGGAAUUUACCUUGUCUGUAGAGUUCAUGAGGGCCUUAUGUUGUCUAGAUUUACCUGGAAUUUACCUUGCCUGAGGACUUUACCAGGACUUCAUAUCUGGGGUUUACCUGGAGUGUAAGAUAGUGGGUAAUUUAUUACAGACCUCCAUCAUCUUAUAUGUAUGCGUUUCUUAAUUUAUGUGUGCUGUUUUCUUUUUCAGAAAUAAAAAUUAGUUUAAGAAAAAA